AGCUCUACUGCGCCACCAAGUACCACCUCCAGCUGCAUCCGAGCGGCCGAGUGAACGGCAGCCUGGAGAACAGCGCCUACAGCAUCCUGGAGAUUACUGCGGUGGAAGUGGGCGUGGUGGCCAUCAAAGGGCUCUUCUCUGGGCGGUACCUGGCCAUGAACAAGAGAGGACGGCUGUAUGCUUCGGAGCACUACAAUGCAGAGUGUGAGUUUGUGGAGCGGAUCCAUGAGCUGGGCUACAAUACUUACGCCUCCCGCCUGUAUCGCACAGGGCCCAGCGGGCCAGGGACACGGCGGCAGCCUGGUGCCCAGAGACCUUGGUACGUGUCUGUAAAUGGCAAGGGUCGGCCACGCAGGGGCUUCAAGACCCGCCGCACACAGAAGUCCUCCCUCUUCCUACCCCGAGUGCUGGGCCACAAAGACCAUGAGAUGGUGAGGCUGCUGCAGAAUGGCCAGUCGCGAGCCCCAGGAGAGAGCAGCCAGCCCAGACAGCGGCGGCAGAAGAAGCAGAGCCCAGGAGACCAUGGCAAGAUGGAACCCUUGUCUCCUAGGGUCACUCCAGGCACCCAUCUGGAGACAGGUGAACUGGCUGUGGCCUAAGUGGCCACCCUGAGAACUUUCUGAGGUCAACUCCCGCAGGCACCCAGGACCAUCUUGGAGGCCUGGCCUCCCCACCCUUGUCACUGGGUUGGCUGCUUGGGGGACCUAGAACUUGCUUGUCCUUGGUGGCUUUCAAAGAGCAAGUGCCAGCCGCUGAGGGGCUUGAGUCAAAGCCCCUGAAAGACUUGAAGUUCGAGAUGUAUGUGGGAUUACAUGGGAGGGAGCUUUUGUUGCAGGGGUGACCUAAAGCUCUGGCGGAGCCCAGGCAGAGGCAGACAGAUGGUCCUGGCAACCGAGGCAGUGGACAGUGGAAGGGGCUAUGAUUCAAACAUUAAAUAUAUCACCCUGUCUGGCUAUUUAACA